UACUUUGGAUACUGUUAAUUUCUUAAUGUUUUGAUUACUAUUUCACUAGACUUUUCCCCAUUAAAUUUUAGUUUGCUUUUUAGGCUACUUCUACAGAACGUUCCAGAAAUUAGGUUAAAGUAUAAUUUUAAUACUGUCAGUGAUGGGACAAUAGCUGUCAUGUGUCUUCAUGUAUUUACUACUUUAAUCUCAAACUAAUGGUACUCUGUACGUUGCAGGUUCUGUUAUUAUUCUGUAAGCUACUCUAAGGUAGGAUGGUAGCAUUUUUUUUUUUAUUUUUGGAAACUAGUAUUUCUUUAAGAACAGUAAGUAUGUUUACUCAUCCUCCCUCCCAACAUCCUUUUAGCGGUCCAUUCUGUAACUUUGCAUGUCCCAGGCCUUAGUAUUAAGCAGGCUCAGAAGAUGUAGCUCCAACUGUCUUCUGGAAAUACACUGUGGGACUCCUCCCUUCUGAGAGAGUUGAUUGUCUUCCUCUUCCUUUCCUGGGUGUGUUCACUUGUGAAAGUGGAGUGCAUAUAUUUAUACAGCCUACCCACGGGUAAAAGAUCAAAGGUAUUUUCAUAUAUGAGUAGAUAAGUUGAUGGAAGAAGUAUGAAUUAUUCUCCAUUGGUGGAAGUGAAAACUUUCCUCUGUGCUUUUAAUAGUUUAUUUUUCUCUUUGAGGCUGCAUAUAUCAUCCAUCUAAUUUAAAUUUUUAAGUGUUUCAAAUAUUGAGUUUUAUUUAGCACAUAUUGUCAAAAAAAGAUUUUGAGAGUCAGUUUAGUAUUGCUGGAGGAGUUUCUCUGCAUUUUCCUAAAAAUGCUUAGGUAUCUUAUUUACCUUCUCAAAAUGAUCUGACAGCUGUUUCUACAAGGAGCUUGCUUUUGCUUUUUGGUUUGUAAAGACGAUAGGUAUUUAUAACAAAGAAUUGGGAGCUCACCCUCUUUGCUACUGGAGUGUGAAUGCUUCCGCAUGCUCACGUGGUUAGGAUAGAAGGUUUGUGUGUGCACACAUGUAUAUACACUCUUAUACAUAACCUCCUUUUUAAUUUUGUUUUACUUUGUUUCUGAGUCAUUUUCCAGACUGUCCUUAAAUUUAUUGUAUAGCCAGGGUUGAGUUAUAUCCCUAACUUCACAAAACCAGCAAACAACAAGUUCCAGGAUGUUUCCUCGGGAGUGAGAAGUCAGAUGUAGGCUGUCUGGGGCAGCAUGGUGGCUCCACAGUGCUGUCAGCAGCGCCUGCUCCUAGGUCUUUCUGGUCAGUCGUCCUGUCUUACCACCUGUGGUCGUAAGGUGACACUCCAGACUGAGUAGCAGCUUCUCUCUCUUUUUCUCUCAUCAUCCAUGCCUCUGGGUGUGUUAACGUAUCCUAGCUAGUCAUGUCUAGAAUGGAGCUAAGAGAAAAGAGCUGUGCCCUCUUUACAUCCCCAUAACAAGUUCUUUUCUCUUCUUUUAGAAAAUAAUUCAGAUUUGCCUUCAUGUGACAUAAAAUCACAUUUAGAUUAGGAACUCGGAACAUUUUUCUAUAAUCUCUUGAGUUGCCACACUUAAAAGUUACUAUGUAUGUAUUAUAUAACAUACAUUCUUAGUCUGAUGGCUUCUUGGAAGAUAAUUUAAACUGAAAAAGGGGAAAUUGUUCACUGAAGUCCUCUGCUGAAUGCUUCAUAUAAACUAUAAAAGAAAUUCUGAUUUUUUUCUAAUACAAACAUCCCUGGGUACCCAGUGAUAGAGAAAAGUGGAUAAAGGAAAACAGGGCUUGUGGAAAAUGACAAGACUGAGAUCAAAUAAGCUCAGAUUUGUUGAGGAUCUCCCACGUGACAAUCAGAAGGCAGGUCACCAAGACAACUGACAGCUAAUUCAUCAUGAAGCGCUUUAGAUUGAAAGGCUGCACAAGAGCAAUCAAGCUGCUGUGUAGGGGGCCCAGAAAACUGGUGAGGUAACUGUUCCCUAAUAAAGUUAAAAGAAACCUCAAACAUGUCUUCUAGGUCUUCCAGAGGCGGGGAAGAAAGAUACAGGAGGAGAGCUGGAGAAGGCUUUGAUUGGCGCUAGGCAGAUGAAAAUCAUGAUGGAAAGGAGAGAGAUGGAGCACGCAUGACUGAUGAAAACCUUGAAGAAAUGUAAAGAAGAAAAGCAGACUGCCCUGAUGUACCUGAAUUCCUUGAGGCUCUGAAAUUAGUCAAUGUAUCCACUCAGCAACAUGAUCAAAUUGUUUGGAUGGUCCAGUAUCAUCUGGAAGAUACCACAUAUCUGAUGAAAAAGAUGCAAGAGCAGUUUGAACGGGUGUCUCAACUAACAACCCAUACCUAGUAACUGAGGGCAUCUUUAACUCAACAAAGGAAAAAUGCUUGGGUCGCUAAACCAGCCCCAGGGAAAGAAAUUCCUCCUCACCUGGAUGUCAGCGGAUACAGCACCAGGAUGCUUAGCCCAUGGGCCAAGCUCCAUCCUAAUCCUCUGGGUAUCUGCUGGGGAGCUUCUUAGCCACGCCCCUUCUAAGAGAGUGAAGAUAGACCCUGCUUGCCUCAUAGCUGGGAGGAAGCAAAGAAAAACAGGAAGCAGUCAGGAUCCCAGUGUUGCCUUCAAAAAUGUCUACUUCUGGAUGGCCUUGUACUUGAUGUGAAACAGAAUUGCCUUAAAUUCCGGAUCCUCUGGCCUAGACCUCCCAUGAGCUGGGAUUACUGGCGCGCGUCACCACGCCCUGAAUCUAUAGGCUCUUAAUGAAAGACAGGAUAAAUAAAGAGAAUUGGGAACUCCAGCGUGUGUUUACUCUGCUAGCGCCAGGAAUUCAGCCGCGUGGGCGGUGGUCUGACAAUCUGGCCAGUCAGAAGCUUCCCAGCAGGAAGGGGCGGGAGGCGCCAAACUUAGGGGAAAAGAGCGCGCGGAAGGUUCGGUUUUUGGCGCCUACUACACCGCUUCUAACAGUCCACAAUGCCGGUAGUCGGCUCCGAGCUGAAGCUGCGGCCCGCCGCUCAGCAGCAGGGCCCGGAGGCACCGCGGCACGGGGAGCUUCAGUAUCUGGGGCAGGUGGAGCACAUUAUGCGCUGCGGUUUCAAGAAGGAGGACCGCACGGGCACCGGCACCUUGUCUGUGUUCGGCAUGCAGGCGCGAUACAACCUGAGAGAUGAAUUUCCUCUGCUCACAACCAAACGAGUGUUCUGGAAGGGCGUUUUAGAGGAGUUGCUGUGGUUUAUCAAGGGAUCCACAAAUGCUAAGGAACUGUCCUCCAAAGGAGUGAGAAUCUGGGAUGCCAAUGGGUCCCGAGAUUUUCUGGACAGCCUGGGAUUCUCUGCACGACAGGAAGGGGACCUGGGCCCAGUUUAUGGUUUCCAGUGGAGACACUUUGGCGCAGACUACAAAGAUAUGGAUUCAGAUUACUCGGGUCAAGGAGUAGACCAGCUGCAAAAAGUGAUUGACACCAUCAAAACCAACCCUGAUGACAGAAGAAUCAUCAUGUGUGCCUGGAACCCAAAAGAUCUUCCCCUGAUGGCACUGCCUCCUUGCCAUGCCCUGUGUCAAUUCUAUGUAGUGAAUGGGGAGCUGUCUUGCCAGCUGUACCAGAGGUCAGGAGAUAUGGGCCUGGGCGUGCCCUUCAACAUUGCCAGCUAUGCCCUGCUCACCUACAUGAUUGCACACAUCACAGGCCUAAAGCCAGGGGAUUUUGUCCAUACCUUGGGAGAUGCACAUAUUUACCUGAAUCAUAUCGAGCCCCUGAAAAUUCAGCUUCAGCGAGAGCCAAGACCUUUCCCAAAGCUCAAAAUUCUUCGAAAAGUUGAGACAAUUGAUGAUUUCAAAGUUGAAGACUUUCAGAUUGAAGGUUAUAAUCCACAUCCAGCGAUUAAAAUGGAAAUGGCCGUUUAGAGCUUUUUCAAAGCUGCUGUGAACAUCACCAGACUUUAGGGCUUGAGCCUGAUGCCCAAGGUAAAAUACAGUUUCUCUCUAAAGGGAAAUAAACUAAAUCGAAACUCUGACAGUGAUUUGUCUAUUUGUAAGUACCUCAAUGUCUAAAUGUAUUACUGGCAUUUAGACUGCCUUUCCUUUAGCAUUCACUGAGGUACAUAAGAAAACUAAGAUUGUAUACUAGGCAACAACAACCAGACAUUUCUGUAUGUCUGUAUGAAGAAGGCUGACGAGAUUCCUCUAAACUUGAACUAUGUUACAUGUUUACUUAUAAAUAUUUUAUAUGUUGUAGUAAUAAAGAACUGUUUUGCAUUUGUCAGUUGAAACUUUAAAAA